AUGGAUAUUAAUUAGAAGAGAAAAAUAAAAGUCAAAACAAUAUCUCAAUAAGUAUUUGAGCUUGAAGUUCCUCAAGAUGUAUUCAAAACUAAUAUAAACAUAGAUAACAAUUGCAGAUUUAAAAAAAGAAAUUUUUUCUAAAUCUUAAGUUCCUAUAGAUAGAUAAAGAUUGAUCUUUUUGGGAAAGGCACUGCUGGAUAAUCAAAAAUUAGAUGAAAUAAGUAUAUAAUAAAUAGACAAUUAGUUAAGGAAGAUGAUCAAACAAUUCAUUUGAUGGCAAUUACUCAUCCACAGUAAUCCCAAUAACCAUAAUAAAAUUAAAAUCAAUAGUAAUAAUAAAGGUUUUAGUUUAUGCCAGGGAUUCAAACAACUACAUAAAUUCAUAUAGGAGGAGGAAGUAAUUAAUUUUCUAAAUCUGCAUUAGAUGGAUAACAAUAUAUGCCACCAGAAGUAGCUAAUAUUCUAUCUAUGUUCAUGCCUCCAGUAGUAAGACAACCAUAAUAACAAUAACCUUAAUAAUAAUAAGCCUAAACCACUCAAUAGAACUAACAAUAAUAGCAAUAACAAUAGUAAUAAUAAUAAUAAUAAUAAUAAUAAUAAUAAUAAUAAUAAUAAUAAUAAUAAUAAUAAUAAUAAAAUCUAACUAAUUAAUCUGCCCCUACUCGACAAUAACAAUAAAUACCAUAAUAAUAAAACCAACCAUAGUUAUAAUAAGUUACUUUAUUGCCAAAUGAUUAAUCUGCGGUUGAAGUACUUCUUCCUUUAGAAAACAUUCAAUAAUUGAGUAGAUCAUUAGGAAACUUUUAUUAAUCUUCAUUACUUGGGUUAUCAUUUUAAUUACCAUAAAUGACUGAGAAUAGAAACAAUGUUACAGUUUUAGGUCAUUAUAUUCAUUAAUUGUGUUAUGUUCUUUAAAGAUCUUUACCAGUUUUGUAAAGAGUAUCAGAUCUUCUAAUGAGGGAACCCUUUUUAACUUCUGAAAUUUAAAGAAGAGAGACUAUGUAAUUAAGUAGGGAUUCAGCAACUGUAGUUUAAUCAAUAAAUAGGAUGACAAGCGAUUUGUAUUCUGCAUUACUUCGAUUUUUAGUUCUUGGAUCUACUCCAGGUUAAUUUCAAUUACAGGUACCAAACUAAUUAAUAUAACAUCAUCGUCAUCAUCAUCACCAUCAUGGAGUUAUAAAUAUAUAACAUUAACACAUUACAAGAAAUCCAUAAUAAUAAUCAUAAUAAUAGUAAAAUCAGUAAGUAUAACAACAAAAUUAAUCAUAAUAAUAAUAAUAAUCGCAAUAAUAAUAAUAAUAAUAAUAAUAAUAAUCAACAUAAUAAUAAUAAUCAUAAUCAUAAUAAUCAACAUAAUAAUAAUAAACUUAAUAAAAUUUAUUGAGCUCUUUAGGCUAGCUAUUAAAUUAAAUUUCGUAAAAUCCAAAUUUAUAAUAAAAUAAUUAAUAAUAGAUCUAAGUUGAAUAAUAAGGGGAUCAAAUUUUUAUAGAUGCACAAGUCGUAGAGAUUGAUGCAGGAAGGGAGUCAGAAUCAAAUUAAGAAGGAGAUUAAUAAUAAAAUAAUAAUUCUUUAAAUGCAAUUAAUAAUUUAGUCAAGUAAAAUUCUUUAUAUAAUUUAGCAAUAUAAUUAAUACUUAGUAAUUCUAAAAUCAAUAUUAGCCCCAACAAUAAUUUUAGUCUCCACAUUAAUCAUAGCCUUAAGCGCAUGAUUAAUAAGAACAUUAGCCAUAGAAUACCCAAAACUUGCCUUAACAAGCACAAUCAAUUAUGUCAGGAUUGCUUGGAAAUCUAGGGUUAGGAGGUCAAUAAGGAGGAGCCAAUUUAUUGACAAUGACUUUACACGAACUUAUGAUGUAAAAUUAUGCAAAUCAAAUGGAAGAUGGUGAAAUUGAAAUUCUAUAAAUAUUUUCGUAAGUUAAAGUAGGAGAUUUAAUGGCAGCCUAAUUCUCAAACAAUUAUACAUUUUUGGAUGGAUAACAAGCAAGUAUUAAAGAAAAUUUACAUAAUUUAAUAAAAAAAUUCGAAGGAAGAAUUGAAUUAAUUGAAAAAAUUGCAAAUUCAUUUUUAUCAACAGUAGUUCCUAAAGGAAGCCAUUAGCAUUUAGUAAUUGAAGGAUUUGAACCAAGAAUUACAGCUUCCGAAGCUCUUGUCAAACAUAUCAAACAAUUUUUUUUAAUAAUUGAAAAGGAUUAUACAAAUAGCGUUGAAAAAUUUAGUGAUGCGAUGGUCAGUCAAUUCUUUAAGAUGAUUGGAGAAACUGCUUAUGAAGUUUCAGAAGGAUUAGUUCAUGGUCUAGAUGAUUACAAAUUAGUUAUUUAGUACUUAAAAUUUUCAUUAUUAGAGCAAACCUUCAGGAUUUAUUAAGAAAAUCUGUUGGGCAAGAAAUGGCUUUAAUGUUUAGUGGUAUGCUGUUUAUGAUGCUUUGGGGAUUGAUAGAAAGGUCCUAUAAUUAACAUAAGAAAUCUCUUGAAUAAUAAUAAACUAAAAUAUAAUAAGAAGAAGAUUUAACAGAGGAAUAAGUAAGAAUAAUUUAUUUAUAUACUAAGUUAUUGAAAGAAAUAAAUGAGGCUAGUUAAGCAUGCAAAUAAAGCAAUGAAAUUAAUUUUUCUAAUGAUUAUAAAAAAGGAGAUCCAGGCUAUAAAGACUUUGAUUGA